AUGAACUUGGACUAUGAAGUCAAGACCUUUCACAAUUUCACCAUUGAGGCCACAGAUGGGGUCAACAGGUCAAGUGCCCUGGUGUAUAUUCGGGUCGUCGACGAGAACGACCAUUCUCCUAUCUUCUCCCAGUCCUUCUACUCCUUUGAUGUUGUGGAGAAUGCCGAGAUUGGGUACACUAUCGGCACCGUGCCCGCUCGCGAUGCUGACUCGGGAAACAAUGGUCGUGUGAUCUAUGAGUAUGUGUCCGAGUGGGGACAAGAGUAUUUUUCUUUGGACGCUCAUAGGGGUACCUUUGUCCUCAAGAAACAGCUGGAUUUUGAAGAG